AUUGGGACACAGACAUAACUACGGGUUUACAAGAUGGCGGUCGUUGUGUUGGAGCGAUAAUAGCGAAAAACGACACUCGGCUAGGUUUUGUGUUUUAAGAAAGCGUACACACAUUUAUAGUGUGUUUAGCGCUUGAGAGUUUUCCCCCCUUCGCCUGGUAGGCUUUAGCAGUUAGCCAGUAAAAACAUGUGGUUAUUAAGUGUGAAGUGUGAAAGUAGGGGUUGAGGAAAAAGAGACACAUUUACGGGGGGAGGAUUUCGGGGGCUCGUGAUUAAGAAAAUAAAGCAUGUCGGAUACGAGGCGGCGUGUGAAAGUCUACACGCUGAAUGAGGAGCGACAAUGGGACGACCAGGGAACCGGACACGUUUCAUCCGCCUAUGUGGAUCGGUUGAACGGUAUAGCGCUGCUGGUGCGGGCCGAGGCGGACGGCUCGCUCUUGCUGGAGUCCAAAAUCAACCCGAACACGGCGUAUCAGAAACAGCAGGACACGCUCAUCGUUUGGUCCGAGGCGGAGAAUUACGACCUGGCUCUGAGUUUCCAGGAGAAGGCAGGCUGCGAUGAGAUCUGGGAGAAGAUCUGUCAGGUUCAGGGCAAAGAUCCGUCCGUGGAGAUCACCCAGGAUCCCAUCGACGAGUCCGAGGAGGAGCGCUUCGAGGAGAUCCCCGAGACGAGCCACGCGGUGAAGCUUCCCGCCUGCGAGCUCCCGCGCCUGGAGGAGAUCGCGGACCUGGUGACCUCGGUCCUGUCCUCCCCGAUCCGCAGGGAGAAGCUGGCGCUGGCGCUGGUGAGCGACGGCUACAUGCAGAGGCUACUGCAGCUCUUCAGGACGUGCGAAGAGCUGGGAGAGCACGAAGGUCUGCGCCACCUCUACGAGAUCGUACGCGGUGCGCUCUUCCUCAACAAAGCGGCGCUGUUCGAGGUCAUGUUCUCGGAUGAGUGCAUCAUGGACGUGGUGGGCUGCCUGGAGUACGACCCGGCGUUUGUCCAGCCCAGGAGGCAUCGCGACUUCCUCACCAACACGGCACGCUUCAAGGAGGUGAUCCCCAUCACAGACUCGGAGCUCAGGCAGAAGAUCCACCAGACCUACCGCGUGCAGUACAUCCAGGACAUCAUCCUGCCCACACCCUCCGUCUUCGAGGAGAACUUCCUCUCCACGCUCACCUCCUUCAUCUUCUUCAACAAGGUGGAGAUCGUCAGCAUGCUGCAGGAGGACGAGAAAUUCCUGACCGAAGUUUUUGCCCAGCUCACAGAUGAAGCCACGGAAGACGGGAAAAGGAGAGAGCUGGUAAACUUCUUCAAAGAGUUCUGCGCUUUCUCACAAACGCUUCAACCGCAAAACAGAGACGCCUUUUUCAAGACUCUGGCGAAUCUAGGUAUUUUACCUGCUCUGGAAAUCAUCAUGGGGAUGGACGACCUGCAGGUGAGAGCCGCAGCCACGGAUAUCUUCUCUUACCUGGUGGAGUUCAGUCCAUCCAUGGUGCGAGAAUUUGUGAUGCAGGAGCCGCAACAGGCAGAAGACGACGAUGUUCUGCUGAUAAACCUGGUGAUAAAGCAGAUGAUCUGCGACUCGGAUCCCGAGCUGGGCGGAGCCGUGCAGCUCAUGGGGCUCCUCCGUACCCUCAUCGACCCCGAGAACAUGCUCGCUCCCACUAACAAAACGGAGAAGACGGAGUUCCUCAGCUUUUUCUAUAAGUACUGCAUGCACGUCCUGACCGCUCCGCUGCUGGCCAACACGGCAGAGGAGAGGAAAGAUUUACCAGAAGGAUCUACGAAAGUGAAGCCAGUUUGUCCAGAUAAUUUCCAGACGGCUCAGCUUCUCGCUCUGAUCCUGGAGCUGCUAACGUUCUGCGUGGAGCACCACACGUACCACAUAAAGAACUACAUCAUGAAUAAGGACCUGCUGCGGAGAGUGCUGGUGCUCAUGAACUCCAAACACACCUUCCUCGCCCUCUGUGCCUUGCGUUUCAUGAGGAGAAUCAUAGGACUAAAGGAUGAGUAUUAUAACCGCUACAUCAUUAAAGGGAACCUGUUUGAACCGGUCAUCAACGCUUUGCUGGACAACGGGACGAGAUAUAACCUCCUCAACUCGGCCAUCAUCGAACUCUUUGAAUUCAUUAAAGUGGAGGACAUAAAGUCACUCAUCGCUCACAUCGUGGACAAUUUCUACAAAGCACUUGAGUCCAUUGAAUACGUUCAGACGUUCAAAGGCCUGAAGGGUCGCUACGAGCAGGAGAAGAACAGGCAGAACCGAGGGCUCAGCAGGUAUCGCCGCGACGCCCGCUCCGUCGAUGACGACGAAGAAAUUUGGUUCAACGAAGAAGAGGACGAAGACGAGCCGGACGCAGGGGUGGAGAAGAGAGUCGAGGAGGACUUUCCGGAAAGUUACGGAAAGUUCAUGGGGGCCAAAAAAGUUAAAGAAAGCGAGGACAAAGAGAACCUCCCGAAGAGGACGCAGACCGGCAGCUUUAAGUUCACCUUCUCGCAUUCUGCAGCCGCCGCCAACGGAAACAACGAGAAACCGGCGCCGUCCGUGUCCCCCGGCAGUCCAAACGGGUCCUCGGGCAAAGGAGCGACUGUGGCGUCUACACCUGUGGUCAAGGCUGGACUGGUCGGUCUGGUGGACUACCCCGACGACGAAGACGAGGAAGGCGAAGACGAAGACGACGAAGAGGAUGAUCUGGCUCCACGAAAGCGGCCCCGUCUGGGCUCGUAAAAAAGAGAAAAGAGAAUACAAAACCCCACGUCCACCAUCCCACGGUGCCGAAGAGUCCCGGAUUUAGGAGAGCUAGAGGAUUAGCACACGACCCGAACUCUCCUGCAUCAGCGCAUCCAUCAGACACGAGCACCAGAGCAGCCGAGCCACGCCACGGUCACGCGAUUCCUCUCCGUUUUCUUUCCUUUAUCUGGUGAUCCGUGGGACGAGCCGAGCUGCACCAGCAGCAACGACAAACUUCAUCACAGCUGGAGCUUUUCUUUUUCUUCCUCUUCUUCUUCUUCACCAGAGAGCCGUUCAGCCUAGCAGGACUAGCUACUUAGAAAUAGAAGACUGAUCGGCUGAGUCUAUUGAUCCGGUCGGGUCGAGAUUGAUUGAUUGAUUAAUUGUGGGGUGGGAGGGAUAAUGGGGCAAGACCAAAAUAAAAAAAAAAAAUGAAGCUGAAAAAGGGGUGUGACGAGCAGGACUGGGAUGUUGUCUGUGUCCUUGAUUUGAAUCUGGAACCUUCAUGAAUUGAUCAUCAGUAGCUGUACAGCAGUACCUUAUUACCCCCCCCCUUCACUUUUUAAUUGUUUACUUCUUCAGUGGUGUUUUUUGUUUUUAUUUUAAGAUUAAAAUGCCAGUGUACAUUGCCCCCCCCCCUUUUUGGCACACAUUAAUGUGGGUGCGAUCGUCCCCCCCCCUCUUUUUUUUUAAUCACGUUUGUUUUAUUCGUUGGAGAAAACUUCAGUUGAAGAAGUUGUGAUGCUGAUUUUAAUAACGUAUAUUAAACAUGUAUUAAAACUGCAGUAAAGUCAUUUUGCAGAUGAACGGAUCAUGUCCGAGCGUCUCUGUCUCGCGUCCGUCCGUCCGUUCGGUCAUCUUCUCGGAGACUUCUCGGAGGAGCGCGGGCUCGGCUCCUUCGCCAGGGUGUGGAUUUGUGAUCGGGUGCAGCGUAUCACCAGCACGCAGUGUUUUAACCUUUUUUCUUCUUCUUCUUCUUCUUCUUUAAAACAAUCCAUAUAAGGCAGUUCCUGUAGAAAACUAGCCUGUCCAGGACCAGGAACACAAAAGUGUAGAACAUUCACGGCUGAGUAUCCAAACCUUCUCUCCAUGGAUUUUUCUUCAUCACCGUAACCUUCACCAAAAAUCAUUUCAUUUUGGAUUAAAAACAAUUUUAAUCAAUAUUUUUCUUACGUACCUUAGAGGUGCGCUUUCUAAAGUGUUUUUAAUCCUCUUUAAUGAUCAUACAAGGACGCACACCUGUUAAGAUUAUUUCAGGCCCAGAAAUAAACUCCUACCAGCCCAGCCCCUGAAUCAGAGAUGGAGAAAAGUGUCUUCUUCGUUUAUUAUUUUUUAUUUUUGUUGUUGUUUUGUGAUUGAAUUCACUUUUCAUGUAGCAGAGGGACUACGUUAGGCGUAAAUGAGACUUGUGUAUAAACUUAAACGAUCUG